CUCUUCGCAUAUACAUUUCGGAUCUCUUGGCAUGUGCAUUGCAACUACACAUUUCAGAUCUCUUUGCAUACACAUUUCGGAUAUCUUUGCAUGUGCACUUCAACUAUGCAUUUUAGAUUCUGCAUGCUCAGAUCUCUUUGCAUAUGCAUUUCAGAUCUCUUUGCAAGUGGAUUGCAACUACACAUUUCAGAUCUCUUUGCAUAUACAUUUUGGAUCUCUUGGCAUGUGCAUUGCAACAACACAUUUCAGAUCUCUUUGCAUAUACAUUUCGGAUCUCUUGGCAUGUGCAUUGCAACUACACAUUUCAGAUCUCUUCGCAUAUACAUUUCGGAUCUCUUGGCAUGUGCAUUGCAACUACACAUUUCAGAUCUCUUUGCAUACACAUUUCGGAUAUCUUUGCAUGUGCACUUCAACUAUGCAUUUUAGAUUCUGCAUGCUCAGAUCUCUUUGCAUAUGCAUUUCAGAUCUCUUUGCAAGUGGAUUGCAACUACACAUUUCAGAUCUCUUUGCAUAUACAUUUCGGAUCUCUUGGCAUGUGCAUUGCAACAACACAUUUCAGAUCUCUUUGCAUAUACAUUUCGGAUCUCUUGGCAUGUGCAUUGCAACAACACAUUUCAGAUCUCUUUGCAUACACAUUUCAGAUCUCUUGGCAUGUGCACUGCAACUAUGCAUUUCAGAUUCUGCAUGCUCAGAUCUUUUUGCAUAUGCAUUUCAGAUCUCUUUGCAAGUGGAUUGCAACUACACAUUUCAGAUCUGCGUGCUCAGAUCUCUUUGCAUACACAUUUCGGAUAUCUUUGCAUGUUCACGGCAACUACGCAUUUCAGAUUCUGCAUGCUCAGAUCUCUUUGCAUAUGCAUUUCAGAUCUCUUGGCAUGUGCAUUGCAACUACACAUUUCAGAUCUCUUCGCAUAUACAUUUUGGAUCUCUUGGCAUGUGCAUUGCAACUGUGCAUUUCAGAUUUCUUUGCGUGCUCAGAUCUCUUUGCAUACACAUUUCCGAUCUCUUGGCAUGUGCAUUGCAACUACAUGUUCCAGAUCUCAGUUGUGAAAGGUUGCAAUGCAAUAGUGUUCAACCUUUUUAUACAAUGAAAAAGUUAUAUCCCAUCGGUUUGAUGUAAGCCCAGUCAUCUUGGAUUUGGGAUCCUAUCUUUUGCAAGAUUCGAUCGCGCUUGCUGUGAAUAUUUUUCUAGCUGUAAGUGUCUUAGUAUUAGUUGGCACUCAAGGGCCAUCCAGCCCAGCCUCCUUCUGUCUUGCAGGAAGACACAAUCCAAGCCCUCUUGACAGAUGGCCAUCCAGCCUCUGCUGAAAAACCUCCAGUUUUAAUUCAUGGCAAUCCUACAAAUGGGAGGUCUCCAAGAGUGCAUCUACACUGUUGAAUGAAUGCAGUUUGUCACCGCUUUAACUGUCAAUAAUAUGGAACUAUGGGAGUAGUAGCUUUCUGUUUCACCAAACUGUGAAUUCCAGGAUUCUGUAAAAGUGAGCCAUGGAAGUUAAAGUACAGUAGAGUCUCGUUUAUCCAACUUCCACUUAUCCAACAUUCUGUAUUAUCCAAUGCCAUUUGCCUUUUAGUAGUCAGUGUUUUUGUAGCCAAUGUUUUCAAUACAUUACGAUGUUUUGGUGCUAAAUUCCUAAAUACAGUAAUUACUACAUAACGUUA